UCCACUAGUCUUCUUUUUCCUUCUCUCUCUUCAACAUUUUCCCUCUUUAUUUAGGUUUUGUUCAUUAGGAUUCUUUUCUUUUUGGGGUCCGACCUAGAUUUUGAAUCGUGGGGUAACUGGGUUUCUUGUUUAGUGAACUGGGUCUGUUGAGAAACUCAAUUCUUUUCAGGGUUUCAAGUGAAAUAGUUGAAAUUCCUUUUCCUUUUUUCUAUUGCUCCUAUGGCGAUGAUUCUUCUUUUCUUUCUUCUAGCUGUUUCUGUUGUUUCUUCUGGUGAAGCUGCAUUCAUUGGUGUAAACCUUGGUACUGACCUUUCUGAUAUGCCCAGCCCAACUCAAGUAGUUGCACUUCUUAAAGCUCAAAAUAUCGAACAUAUCAGGCUAUAUGAUGCUGACCGUGCCAUGCUGCUUGCACUUGCCAACACAGGCAUCCAGGUGACUGUUUCCGUUCCCAAUGACCAACUCCUCGCAAUUGGGAUGUCCAAUGCGACUGCAGCCAACUGGGUUUCUCGAAAUGUCAUUGCUCAUGUUCCUGCCACCAACAUCACAGCAAUAGCUGUUGGGUCUGAAGUUCUUACCACUCUUCCAAAUGCUGCCCCAGUUCUUGUCUCAGCCCUAAAAUUCAUCCAAUCUGCUCUCGUUGCAUCUAAUUUAGAUCGCCAAAUCAAAGUUUCCACCCCACAUUCUUCUUCAAUUAUUCUUGACUCGUUCCCACCAUCGCAGGCCUUCUUUAACCGUUCAUGGGACCCUGUCAUGGUUCCUUUACUUAAAUUCUUGCAGUCCACCGACUCUUAUCUCAUGCUUAACGUAUAUCCGUAUUAUGAUUACAUGCAAUCGAAUGGUGUGAUACCUCUAGACUAUGCACUUUUUCGUCCUCUCCCUCCAACCAAGGAAGCUAUCGACGCAAAUACCUUCUUGCACUAUACCAAUGUCUUUGAUGCUGUUGUUGAUGCUGCAUAUUUUGCAAUGUUGGAUUUAAACAUCACUAACGUCAAAGUUGUUGUAAUGGAGUCAGGCUGGCCGUCCAAGGGCGAUGCAUCAGAGCCAGAUGCAACUUUAGAUAAUGCUAACACUUACAAUAGCAACUUAAUUAGACAUGUUCUUAACAACACUGGAACACCCAAGCAUCCCGGAGUUCCUGUUAGUACCUACAUAUAUGAGCUCUACAAUGAGGAUUUAAGACCAGGUCUCGUCUCGGAAAAGAAUUGGGGUCUCUUCUAUCCAACUGGAAUGCCAGUUUAUACCUUACACUUGUCUAGUGCGGGUGCUGUUUUGGCAAAUGAUACCACAAACCAGACCUUCUGUGUUGCAAAAGAUGGUGCCGAUCGUAAGCUGCUGCAGGCAGGACUAGACUGGGCUUGUGGACCGGGAAGAGUCGAUUGCUCCCCAUUAUUGCAGGGCCAGCCAUGUUAUCAACCAGAUAAUGUUAUAGCUCAUGCAACCUACGCUUUCAAUGCAUAUUAUCAGAAAAUGGGAAAGUCUUCGGGGACCUGUGAUUUUAAAGGAGUGGCUAUCAUCACCACGACAAACCCAAGUCACAGUUCAUGUAUUUUUCCUGGAAGUACUGGAUCUAACGGGAGUUUGGUAAAUAGCACAUCUUUGGCUCCAUCUUCAAAUUCUUCUGAUACAGCCGGUGGUUGCCUUCCAGAGUAUCUAUAUGGUACCAGUCCUUACACCAGUUCAAUAAUCUUGUGUGUUUUAUUAACGGCUUUGGCAUUCUUGUGAUAGUGCUGCUGCUGCAUUUUUUUCAUUUUGUAUUCAUGCAUCCCCACGACAGUUUUGGAUUGUUGACUGCCCCUUGGCUUCCAAGCUGUUGUAGCAUGUUUAACCAAUUUUGUAAGGUUGUUGAGGGUGGACGGGUGGGGAUAUGUCGGCGAAUGUGGCUAUAAUAGUUUGAGUUUGAUGAGCUAUAUGUUUGGAUUUUGUAGAGAAAAAAAAAAAUCAAAUGAUUAUUUGUGACGUGUAUGUUGUAACUAUCAUCAUCAUGCUGGGAGUAAUUACAUUCUUUGGAGUUUGGGGUAUGAAGGGUAGUCUCCACGUUUAGCAAGUUUGUUAGGAACUUCGGUUUCAAUCACUCAAAAUGUUGAAGGUAGUUGAAGCCUUUUUUUUUUUCUUUGUAAAGUUUCCUUCUUUUAUUUCUAUUAGAAUUUCUUUUCUACC